AUGGCCUCUAUGGGAAAGAAAGCUGAUGGUUUAGGGGCUUCCAGAGUCAGCCAUUCGUAUGAUACAAACCCUUCAGAGGAUGUGCCCUCUAUUGACACGUAUCCAUUUGAGGAUAUAUCUUAUAUAGAGACUGAUCCGUCAGAAAUUCAGGAAGAAUCAGUAGAACAGGAAACCCGGUGUAAUGAGUCAGAAUUUGAUAAGACAGGAACAGGGCUCAAUGCACAGCCAAUAAGAGAUGGUCAAUGCUUGAAGGAAACCCGGUGUAAUGAGUCAGAAUUUGAUAAGACAGGAACAGGGCUCAAUGCACAGCCAAUAAGAGAUGGUCAAUGCUUGAAGGGCACAAGAAUGAUAUUUAACUUAGGAAAUGAGCGAAAAAGAAUAGAACGAGUGGCUAGUUCAUCCAUGACUCAUACCAACACUACCACUGAUCAAUUAGCUCUUCUUUCAUUGAGAUCCCAAAUCAUUUCAGAUCCCUUUCAUUUCUUGGAUGAGAGCUGGUCUCCAGCUACUUCUGUUUGCCAUUGGGUAGGAGUAACUUGUGGGUCUCGCUACCAGCGAGUGAAGUCCUUGAAUCUUUCCAACAUGGAUCUUACAGGCAGAAUCCUACCUAAUUUUGGAAACCUUACAUUUCUGGUUUCUCUUGACUUAGGAAGCAACAAUUUCCAUGGAAAUUUGCCUCAACAAAUGGCACGGUUGAGUCGGCUUAAGUUUCUUGAUUUAAGUUUCAAUAACUUCAGAAGGGAAGUUCCUUCCUGGUUUGGAAUUCAAUUCCUUAGAAGGUCAAUCCCAAAAGAUAUUGGGAAUCUUGAAAAACUGAGCUUUUCAAACUUGGGCAAUAACAAGCUUAUAGGUUCUAUCCCUAUGUCUAUCUCGAAUGCCUCAAUGUUGGAGACUCUGAUUCUUUCAUACAAUUUCCUUCAAGGAAACAUCCCAGAAGGGAUCAGCAAUCUUCACAACUUGAACAAGUUGACCAUAGAAGUUAAUCAACUCACAGGUUCCAUACCAAUCUCCAUCUUCAACAUUUCCAGAAUUGAAGUCAUUGGACUCACAAACAACAGCUUAUCAGGAAAUCUUCCACAUGAUUUAUGUGAUCACCUUCCAAUACUCAAGGGGGUUUAUCUAUCGAACAACAAGCUAGUUGGUCAUAUGCCGCCAAGCUUGUCAAAUUGUUCUAAACUUCAAAUGUUGUCUUUAUCAGGAAAUAAGUUUGAUGGACCAAUACAUAGUAACAUUGGGAGUCUAACUAACUUGCAGUCCUUGUAUCUCGGCUUUAACUACUUCAGAGGGACAAUUCCACAAGAACUCGGAAAUCUUGUUAAUUUGGUAGAGUUAACAUUGCAGAGAAACCAAAUUACAGGACCUAUUCCAAUCUCCAUAUUCAAUAUCUCCUCUCUAUAA